CUUUUUUGUUUUUGUUUUCUUUCUUCUGUUCUCAGGCAGCCCCACAUGGUACCAAACCACAACAUAAGGGCAAAGCAAAGCAAAACACAAACAGAAAGAGAAACAGAGUUAUAUUAGACAGAGACAGAUACAGAAAGAUCCAACUUAACAUGGGUUGAGAAUGAAAGAGGAAAAGCAGCUGAAGGUGCUCUUGUAACAGCUGCUAAUCCAAUCCAAUCCAAACCAAACAAAACCCAGAAUCUGAUUCUCAUUGGUAAGCCUUUUCAUCUCUGAAUUUGUCAGCUUCAGUUACAAUUUCCAUGCCCAUGUAUAUCAGUUUCAGGUAGUCUGAAAAAUUCUAAAAGUUAGAAGUUACUUCUUGUACAUAAUUUUUGGACUGGGGUCCAAUUGAUCAGGUACAAGGAAGCAAGAAAUAAUCCUGCUAAUAAUUAUAGAUUGGGUGCUUUAUAUCUAUCUAUUUCUUGUUCUGCGUUUUGUUCCAUUAUUUGGGAUUUACUAUCUGGUUUACAAUUGGCCUGAAAGUGAGUUUCAAAAGUGGUGGUGAAUUUUGGCUGGAAUCAUGGCAACCCUAUCCCAAGCUGAUUCGAAACGCAAGUAUUCCUGGUGGUGGGACAGCCAUAUAAGCCCAAAAAAUUCAAAAUGGCUCCAGGAAAAUCUUACAGAUAUGGAUGCCAAAGUCAAACAGAUGAUCAAGCUUAUUGAAGAAGAUGCAGAUUCCUUUGCAAGGAGAGCAGAGAUGUAUUAUAAGCAACGACCAGAGCUUAUGAAAUUGGUUGAGGAGUUUUACCGAGCAUAUCGUGCGUUGGCUGAAAGAUAUGAUCAUGCAACUGGAGCGCUACGCCAGGCUCAUAGGACUAUGGCAGAAGCAUUUCCAAACCAAGUUCCAUUUGUUCUGGCUGAUGAUUCACCUGCAGGUUCUGCUAAUGAGAUGACUGAUCCCCAAACACCUGAUAUGCCAACCCCCGUACGUGCAAUGUUUGACCCUGAUGAAUUGCAAAAGGAUGCUUUGGGACUAUCAUCUCAUUUCCAUGCUUUGAAGAAGAAUGAAGUGUUUACUGAAGAAUCUGAUACUGUAACAAUCAGAAAGGGUUUGAAACAGCUUAAUGAUUUGUUUGGCUCUGUAGAAGCAGGGAGCCAUGCAAAGUUUUCCGAAGGAAAGGCAAGAAAAGGACUCAAUUUUCAAGAUGCGGAGGAGAAGGAACGAAGCGUGCAAAACAAUGGGAGCCAUAACAUCCAGGCUCGAGUUCUUUCUGAGUCUGAGCGAUUGGGUAAAGCUGAGGCAGGAAUUUCAACCUUAAAGAAAACCCUUGCUAAAUUUGAAGCUGAAAAGGAAGCAGGCCUACUUCAGUAUCAAGAGAGUUUAGAGAGAUUAUCCAAUCUGGAAUCGGAAAUCUCUCAUGCACAAGAGGAUUCCAAGGGACUUUGUGAACGGGCCAGUAAAGCUGAAGCUGAAGUUCAAACUUUGAAGGAAUCCCUUGCCAAAUUAGAGUCUGAAAGAGAAACCAGUCUUAUUCAAUACCAGCAGUGUUUAGAUAGAAUAUCUAAUUUGGAGAACAAUAUCUCUCGUGCUGAAAAGGACGCUGGAGAACUUAAUGAGCGAGCUAGUAAAGCUGAAGUUGAAGCUGAAGCCAUAAAGCAAGACCUUGUGAGAGUAGAAGCUGAAAAAGAAGCUGUGCUUGCUCAAUACAGAAAGUGUUUGGAGAUGAUAUCAAACUUGGAAGACAAAUUACUACAUGCAGAGGAGAAUGCCAGAACAAUUAAUGGAAGAGCCAAUAAAGCUGAAUGUGAAGUUGAGACCCUGAAGCAAGCACUUGACAAAUUAACUGAAGAGAAGAAAGCUGCUGCCCUCCAGUACCAGCAAAGCCUGGAGAUGAUAUCUAGUCUGGAGCAGAAAAUCUCAUGUGCCCAGGAGGAAGCCCAAAGGCUAAAUACUGAGAUAAACGAUGGGGUUGCAAAGUUAAAGGGUGCUGAAGAAAAGUGUCUUCUGCUUGAAAAUUCAAAUCAGUCUUUACAGUCCGAGUUGGAGUCUUUGGUGCAUAAGAUGGGGUCUCAAAGUGAGGAACUUACAGAGAAGCAGAAGGAAUUGGGUAGACUCUGGACUUGUAUACAAGAAGAGCGGUUGCGAUUUGUGGAGGCUGAAACUGCUUUCCAAACUCUGCAACAUUUACAUUCUCAAUCCCAGGAAGAACUGAGAUCUCUGGCGGCAGAACUUCGGCAUAGAAACCUAAUGGUAAAGGACUUGGAAACUUGUAAUCAGGGUUUAAUGGAUGAAGUCCAGAAGGUCAAUGAGGAGAACAAGAGUUUGAAUGAGCUCAAUUUGUCUUCAGCUGUGUCGAUAAAAAAUUUGCAAGAUGAGUUCUUAAGCUUAAGGGAGACAAUAGGGAAACUUGAAGAGGAGGUUUUACUUCGAGUGGACCAACGAAAUGCACUUCAGCAAGAAAUAUACUGUCUGAAAGAGGAGCUUAAGGAGUUGAACAAGAAACACUGGACUAUGCUAGAGCAGGUGGAGUCAGUAGGCUUUGAUGUGGACUGCUUUGGGUCAUCUGUGAAGGAAUUGCAGGAUGAGAACUCAAAACUUAAAGAGAACUGUGAGGCAGAAAGAAGUGAAAGAGUUGCUCUGUUGGAAAAGUUGGAAAUCAUGAAAAAACUUAGGGAGAAAAAUGCUUUUUUGGAGAAUUCUCUCUCAGAUUUGAAUGUUGAGUUAGAAGGUGUUAGAGGGAAGGUAAAAGAAUUAGAAGAAUCCUGUCAGUCUCUUUUUGGAGAGAAAUCCACUCUUGUUGCUGAAAAGGCCACCCUGGUUUCUCAGUUACAGAUUACAACUAAUAAUUUGGAUAAACUCUCAGAAGGAAAGAACUUUCUGGAGAAUUCCCUUUUUGAUGCAAAUGCUGAACUUGAAGCAUUCAGGGUGAAACUGAAGAUCCUUGAAGGUUCUUGCCAGUUGCUUGAUACUGAAAAGUUUGGCCUGAUUACUGAGCGAGAAAGCUUAGUUUCUCAGCUGGACAUUUCCAAGCAAAGACUGGAAGAUCUGGAGAAAAGAUACACAGUAUUAGAAUAUGAGCACUCAAGUCUUGAGAAUGAGAGAGAAUCUGCACUCCACAAAGUAGAGGAACUGCAGGCUUCCUUGGAUGCUGCAAAGCAAGAACGUAUCAUUUUUUCAAGGUUGAGUGAAACUCGGUUGGCUGCUAUGGAAUUACAAAUUUGUGUUUUGGAAGAAGAAGGUCAGUGCAGGAAGAAAGAAUAUGAAGAGGAGGUAGACAAAGCUGUCAGUGCUCAGAUGGAGAUCUUCGUCUUGCAGAAAUGUGUGAAUGAUCUAAAAGAUAAAAUUUUCUCUCUUUUGAUCGAGUGCCAAAAACUCUUGGAAGGAUCCAGAUUAUCAGAGAAACUGAUUUCUGAAUUGGAGCAUGAAAAUCUUGAACAACAGGUGGAAGUGAAAUCCUUGUUUGAGCAAAUAAAAAAAUUGAGGAUGGGAUUGUAUCAGGUGUUGAAGACUCUUGGCAUUGAUGCAGACUGGUUUGAAGAUAAGAUCAACCAAGAUGAAGCUGUUCUAAGCCACAUACUGUGCAAACUUCAAGAGACACAAAACUCUCUGUCUAGGAGUUACGAUGAAAAUCAGCAGCUGCUAAUUGAGAAGUCAGUUCUUGUUACACUACUUGGGCAACUGAAAGUAGAUGAAGCAAAUCUUGUGACAGAAAGAGACACCCUUGCUCGAGAGUUCAUGAUUCGGUGUGAGCAGUCCUCAUUGUUGCAGACUGAAAUCCAAAAGCUUUUGGAGAUGAGUGAAGAAUUGAGGUUGAAAGUAAUGGAGGGAGAUCAGAGGGAGAAGGUAUUAACAACUGAAACAGAAAAUCUGAGUCAGCAGUUGUUGGACUUGCAAAGGGCCAACCAGAACCUGCAGGAAGAGAAUUGCAAGGUGCUUGAAGAGAAAAGAUCCCUGAGUAAGGAGGUACUUGACUUAGGGGAUGAAAAACAUAACCUAGAAGAAGCACACUGGGCCUUGUUUGGUGAAACAAUGUCUCAGUGUAACCUUUCUCUGAUUUUUAAUAAUAUAGUCUUUGAAAAGUUCGUGGAACUGGAAGAGCUCACCAAAGAUUUGGUUAAACUUCGUUUCGUCACUAAUGACCUAGAAGAGAAGCUAAGAAUUAUGGAGGGUAAAUAUGAUGGUGUGGAAAUGGAAAAUUCAGAUCUCAAGGAGUUGGUGAAUAAUUUGGAGAAUGAGAUUGUAUCAGUUAAAUCUGCUAGUGAUCAAUUAAGAUGUGAAGUUGUGAGUGGAAAGGAUCUAUUGUGCCGUAAGAAAAAUGAGCUUUCAGAAGCAGAACAGAUAAUCAGUGCAAUAACCAAUGAGAAAACAGAGUUGCACAACUUAGUGGAGGAUCUGAAGAAUAAAUAUGAUGAGGCUAAAAUUAGGGAGGAAAUGUUGAGUUCUGAACUGCAAAAGGGGAGAGAUGAGACUGAACUGUGGGAGUCUCAGGCUGCCACUUUUUUUUCUGAACAGCAAAGCUCCUCCGUCUGUGAAGUGUUGUUUGAAGGCAAGAUUCGUGAGCUAAUUGAAGCAUGUGAGAGCCUUGAAGAUAGAAGUAAUUCCAAAGAUAUGAAGAUUGAAUUGCUGAAAGAUAGAAUUAGCACCUUGGAAUUCGAAAAUGGAGGACUACAAGCUCAGUUGGCUGCAUAUACCCCAGCUGUCAUCUCUUUCAAAAAUUGCAUAUCAUCUCUGGAGAAGCAUACUUUUUUCAAUUAUAAACUUCUCACAGUUGAAAAUGAAGAAGCAAUGGAUGCUCAUUUAAUGACUCACCCUAUUGCUGAAAGCUAUCAACAAAGGGAUGAAGAUCAAAUUUCCAUGGAGCCGGAUGGAUUUUCAGACUUGCAGGAUGUGCAAAGAAGGAUCAAAGCUAUUGAAAAAGCAGUGGUAGAAGCAGAGAGGCUUGCGAUGCUGGAGCACCUUAACACGAAUGCCAAACUAGAGACUGCAUUGAGAGAGAUUGAAGAGUUAAAAUCUCAAAGCCGCUUGUCUCGAGAAUAUGUUGUAACAAGCAAGCAUAUUACUCCAUAUCAGGUCAAAGAGGAACUUGGGGACAGACACAGUAAUGAUCUAAAGCUGGGGAAACAGACACGUGAAAUCUCUGAAGCAAGGAAUGAAGUUCUGACUAAAGAUAUCAUGCUUGAUCAGGUAUCUGAUUGUUCAUCAUAUGGGAUAAGCAGGAGAGAAACUGUAGAGACUGAUCAGAUGCUUGAGUUAUGGGAAACCGCAAACCGGGAUGGCAGCAUUGACUUGAGGGUUGGCAAGUCUCAGAAGGCGGCCACUGCAAAACAUGCUCGCAAUCAGAUUGGAGCUGUCAAGGAACACAAGCAUUCGUAUCCCUAUUCAGAAUCAUCGUUUGAGAAGGAGUUAGGUGUGGACAAAUUAGAAAUCUCUGAUAGACAUACCGAGCCCAGUCAAGAAGGGAACAAGAGGAAGAUUUUAGAAAGACUUGAUUCAGAUGCCCAAAAGUUGACAAACCUUCAAAUCACCGUGGAAGACUUGAAGAGGAAGGUAGGGAUUACUGAGAAGAGCAAAAAGGGCAGAGGCAUUGAAUUUGAUACAGUUAAGGUGCAGCUGGAUGAAUCUGAGGAGUCCAUCAUGAAGUUGUUUGAUGUAAACCGCAAAUUGAUGAAGACAGUGGAAAACAGUUCCUUGUCCUUUGAUGGAAUUUCUGCAAUAGAGUCAGAUGAGAGUGGAAAUGCUAGGAGGAGAAAAAUUUCUGAACAGGCACGAAGAGGGUCUGACAAAAUUGGGCGCUUGCAGUUGGAGGUGCAGAAAGUACAGUUUCUUCUACUGAAACUCGAUGAUGACAAAGAAGGCAAAGGUAAAACAAGAAUCAGUGACCGAAAACCAAGAGUUCUGCUGAGAGAUUAUCUUUAUGGUGGGGUAAGAACCAGCCACAAGAGAAAGAAGGCGCCUUUUUGUGCAUGUGUCCAACCUCCAACUAAGGGGGAUUGAAGCAGUUUCAUUUUUUCGGCAUAUAAUCAGGAUAAAGUAAUGAGACUUUAGUUUGAUUUCUGUAGAGUUCCAUUCAUACAGGUGUUUUAGACCUACAGGUGUUUUAGACCUACAUGUUUUUACAAUGUCUUAUAGAGAGGAUCAGGUCUUCUUUAGCUUAGAGACCCUGUAGUAAAUUUCAGGCCCCUUCUAAUUUUACAAAGGCUGCUCUCUUGGGAGCGUGGUUCAUCCCCGCUUCCUAUUAUAUUUUCUACCAUGCAUAAAUAAUCUGGGUGUAAAUGAAAAUGGUAUUUCUCUCAA